UUCAAAUCAGUUUUUUUAGUUUUCAGUAGUGCGGCAACUGUGAACGGUCAACAAGAUGUUGGUCCAUCGCAUGAAAUUGCUAACAGCAUCCGCUUGCAUUCUUCUGUUUGCCAUUAUAUUCGGCUGGGUACUAUUUCCCCAGAUCUUAAAAUUUAUGAUAUCGAAGCAAGUCACGCUUAAGCCGGGCACUGAUAUACGUGAUCUUUGGUCGGCCACGCCCUUUCCGUUGCAUUUCUAUAUCUACAUAUUCAAUGUGACCAAUCCCGACGAGGUAGCCGAGGGCGGCAAGCCGCAUGUGCAAGAGAUCGGACCAUUUGUCUUCGACGAGUGGAAGGACAAAUAUGAUUUGGUCGAUGAUGUCGUUGAGGAUACGGUAUCCUACAAUAUGCGAAACACUUUCAUAUUCAACGAGAAGGCCUCAAGCCCGCUGACGGGCGAGGAAAUUGUCACCUUGCCACAUCCAUUGUUACAGUCCAUUGGAAUAACCGUGCAACGUGAGCGUGCGGCUAUGAUGGAGAUGGUUGCCAAGGCGCUGGCAAUUGUCUUUCCGGACGCAAAGCCAUUUAUCACAGCCAAGUUUAUGGAUCUAUUUUUCCGUGGCAUCGAUGUCGACUGCUCCUCGGAUGAAUUCGCUGCCAAGGCGCUGUGCACGGUCUUCUACACGGGCGAGGUGAAGCAGGCCAAACAGGUCAACCAGACACAUUUUCUGUUCUCGUUUCUGGGUCAGGCCAAUCACUCGGACGCCGGCCGCUUUACAGUCUGUCGCGGCGUCAAGAACAACAAAAAACUGGGCAAGGUCGUUAAAUUUGCCGAUGAACCAGAGAUGGACAUGUGGCCGGGAGAUGAGUGCAACCGUUUUGUGGGUACCGAUUCCACGGUUUUUGCGCCGGGCAUGAAACAAGAAGCGGGCUUGUGGGCCUUCACGCCAGACAUUUGCCGCUCAUUGGGCGCUCUCUACCAGCGCAAGACUACAUAUCAUGGCAUGCCUGCACUUAGAUAUACCCUGGAUCUGGGCGAUGUGCGUCUGGAUGAGAAGCUGCACUGUUUCUGCGAUGAUCCCGAGAAUUUGGAGACUUGUCCGCCCAAGGGCACUAUGAAUCUAGCGCCUUGUGUGGGCGCUCCUUUGAUGGCCUCCAUGCCGCAUUUUUAUAAUGCAGAUCCCAAGCUGAUGCAGGAUGUGGAUGGUCUGCAUCCAAAUGAGAAGGAGCACGCCGUUUUUAUAGACUUUGAGCUGAUGUCAGGCACACCCUUUCAGGCGGCUAAGCGGCUACAAUUCAAUCUGGAUGUGGAGCCUGUGCAGGGCAUUGAGCCUUUGCGGCAUCUCCGGAAGCUCAUAAUGCCCAUGUUCUGGGUGGAGGAGGGCGUGCAGCUGAACAAAACCUACACCAAUAUGGUUAAAUACACGUUGUUUCUUGGUCUUAAGUUUAAUUCCGGCCUGCGCUGGACCCUAAUCACCCUGUCCCUAGUCGGUUUCAUGUCUGCUGGCUAUUUGUUCUAUCAGAAAUCAGACAGUCUGGACAUAAGCGUGCCACCCAAUAUAAUCAAGGAGUCAAAUAAGGUAGCUAAUGCGCCAAAGGCUGAUAAACAACAGCAGCCCAAAGCAUUAACAACUGAUCACCUACCCGGCGUAAAUCUGUCCAAUCCGAAAGUGGAGCACAGGGACCGAUACUAACCGACUUGCGUCAUCAUUCUAGUUGUUGUUGUUGUUGUAUUUUGUAGUUGAAAGCACCUGUAGUCCAAUAAGCACGCGCUAAUAAAUGAGGCAAAGCCCAA